CAGCGUGGUGGAAUGUUUCGUUCAGUCUCUUAUUCACAUAGACUUCCUCAUAAUAUACGCCAACGGUACGACGACUUUAUCGACGCCAAACAACCGCUUUCCACCAUUAAUUGCUACUGGAAUUUUAAGUUGAAUCAUUCAAAGAUGGUGACAAGCCAGGCUCUUCCUCCUCCGAAGACAUGUUCGUUCAAGGGCUGUUAUUUCCUCAUUACUCUACUUGUAUUUCUCGUCACCGUCAUUUGUUUAUUUGGGAUCUCGUCAUUUGACACAGUGAUCAUCAAGAGUAGGACCAUUGCAGAAAAGGGUGAUAUGCUAACACAAAACGUUGCAAAGCAGAAGAUUCCAUCUUUCAAAGUUGCACCCAUCAAAUCGUCGAAAAUAGAUAUUACGAGAAAUUUUACAAGCCAGGAAAUUCCACCGCCGACAAUAGAGUCCAAACCUCUCAGACUGGACGGAGAACAGGCUCUCCCCAAAGAAUGUUAUUCCAGAUCUCCAUUCUCUGUUGCGUAUUGAUGAUUCGUACAACACACAUAGCGAUUCAGAAAAUAAAGAGUGUAUGCGUCCCAACGAACAGGGAACAAACGGUUCUGACUACAUCGCAGAUAUCAGUCGAUCUAAUUUUGUAACGACCGAAGAAAAAGUUUUCAAGGAUUUGGCGGAGAAGGCCAGAGAUUUAACGCGUGACGCCAAUGAACACUUGAAAAUCCUCCUGAAAGACAGGUACAACAGCACCCUCAACGAUAAAGCUGACGCAAAGACGGAACCAGCAGCACAAGCCGGAAUGGGGAUGACAAUAGGGUCAUACAUGUACUUCCCUGGAGGUCACUGGGUACCCAUGCAUUGUAAAGCCAAGUGGAAGGUAGCCGUGGUCAUUCCCUAUCGAAACCGCAGUGAUAAUCUCAAUGUCCUUACAAGAAACCUAAUACAAUUCCUGAAGGGGCAAGAUUUGGAAUUCGGAAUCUUUGUCGCGGAGCAGAGUUUCUCUGAAAUAAUGAAUAGGGGCAUGAUGAGAAACAUUGGUUUUCAGAUGGCAUGCUUGAGUGGAACAAAGUGGGACUGCUUCGUGUUCCAUGACGUGGAUUUUGUUCCCCUCAAUUCUACAAACUACUACGGUUGCGAUAGCUUCCCAGUACAUUUUGCCAACAGGCUGGAAAUAUUCAACUACACGAACCCUUACUCGGUCGAUUAUGGAGGCAUCGUUGGGAUGACCGGGGAGCAGUUCAUUACGGUCAACGGCUAUUCUAACAUGUACUGGGGAUGGGGCGGCGAGGACAGCGAUUUGGGCAGGAGAGUACGUCAGAAGUUUAAAGUCACCGAAGCUCGUCUAGGUUAUUACCGUAACUUAAACCAUGACGAGAAAACAAAAGAGGAAAUGAGUGUGCAUAGAAUGUGUCUUUACAAUUACGCACUGAACCGGAUAAAAUACGAUGGACUAUCGAGGGUCCGUUACGAACGUUCCGCCGACAUUUUACUUUCUACAUUGUAUACCAAAAUAACAGUUGAUGUCGUCAAACAAGAAUGGAACCGGGUGAUUCCACCUUGCAAUCGUAUAUGACGACGGUGACCAAGACCAGUUCAUGUUUAAAGGGAAGUGAAACCUUUGGAACAAGAUAGCUUGUGUGAAAACAGAAAAAUCAAAGAAACAGAUCAACCAAAGUUU